CUCCCCUCCGCUGCCUGCUUUUUCAACACUGGAGCCACGACGAAAUAAACAAGCGCAAAACAGGGGGGGGGGGGGGCGUUGUAGGGACCGGCUCUGGCUCCGGUGUCACGUUGAUCACCGGCGGAUGGACAGAGGGGGCUCACACCUAGAAGUUACCAUCAGUGAAGCCCAGACCUCCCGUCACUCACUGGCUCCACUGAGCACGUAUCACUGUAAACUUUUUUAACCCUGCGCUGCACACACUGAGCUCCGACAAUAGCGAGGUUUUCCCUCUAAACUGCAGUGAGAACUACAAGUGGACCUAUGGACAUGUCCCACCAUCCCCCCCCACCCAUGCCUGGUCUAUAGUCCACUAGAAACAACCGAUAUUCUCAGUCACACCUCACUCUUAGCCAUUUGAGCAGCCCUCCCCACCCUGCGGUCACAUCAUGGCCAGCAAGAGGAAGUCUACAACUCCUUGUAUGAUCCCCAGCAAGAUCGUACGCUCAACAGAGGAGGUCGAGCGGGACUCUCCUGUUCUUCUCCGCCAAUCCAGGAUUUCUGGAGGAGGCAGACUUAGCCCCUUAGAGCCAGGAGAAUCUUCCAGACCACAGGCGGGGGAUGCUGUCAAAGACGGUGCUGGUACUUACACCUGUAAGCCUUGUAACUUUGAAACCCAUGACCUUAACUUGUUCUUGGAUCAUGUGUACACGGGGCACCCAGACUUUCGUGCAGAUCCCAGCUUCUUUUGCGUGAGCUGUGGGGUUUCAGCACCUAAAUUUGAGGGGCUGGCCCUGCAUAAUGCCAGGGUUCACCCCAGCACGUUAAACACCACUCUGCAGCUGAGGAAGAGGGACAGGAGGGUGGUGGUGGAGCAGAAUCUUGUAACUGGGACAGAGACUGGGAAAGAUAAUGAAAUUUCCAUUACCAAAACUCCAAUCAUGAAGAUGCUAAAGGGCAAAUCAGAGCCUAAAAGGAUAGUAGUGUCUCACCCAGUGUCUGACGAGCCUUCUUCAGACCCACACUCUAUCUCUGCGUCCAGAGAUACUGAGAGAAAAGAGACUGCAGCGGUGACGGUCACCCACGUCCCCACAAUAGUCCACAAUGGAACGACCAAGGUCACUGUGCCCUCAGCAAUCCAGAUAGUAAACGGCUCUGGAGCGUUACCGAUGCUCAAGACCCCCAUCACACAGGUUGUCUCCGUUGUUCAGAGCAGAGGCCUUCAUCAGUCUGCUCCCAUCACAGUCUCCUCCAAUAUUUCUUCAUCUCACUCUUCUUCCAAGAAUCUUCCCAAGGUGAUGAUUCCUUUGAGCAGCAUCCCCACCUACAGUGCCUCCAUGGACUCCUCUUCCUUCUUGAAGACCUCUUUCAGUAAAUUCCCGUACCCCACCAAGGCUGAGCUCUGCUACCUGACUGUGGUCACAAAGUACCCUGAAGAGCAGAUCAAGAUCUGGUUCACCGCCCAGAGACUUAAACAAGGCAUCAGCUGGUCCCCUGAGGAGAUCGAGGAGGCCAGGAGGAAGAUGUUCAACACCAUCAUCCAGACUGCACCCUCCAGCUCGCAAAGCCAGACCCACAGUCACCACAGCCCAGCGCAACACACAAUCACAGUUCUGCCUGCUUCGCUGGGGGCUGCUGGGAUCCCUCACAUCCUGCAGGGCUCUCUUGUCAGCCAAGGAGGGGUAAUUGUCACACAGCCUGUAAUGGCAAACGGUAUUCAGGUCAGCAGUGCUCCUGUGGCACUGGCUGUCACACCUAAGCCCCAGGCAGCAGCUCGCCCCAUGAUGCAGGCCCGUCCUGCUGCAGCCCUGGUGGCAGAUAAAGGCAUCAGCAUGGUGGUGGGGACGGUGGGCAGUAGCAGUACAGGGAGCAACAUCAUGAGCAGCAGUAAUAGUAGUAGGAGUGGGGGAGGAGGCACUAGCAGUAUUAUUAGUAGCAGUCAAGCCAGUGUCAUCAACCUUAGUCUAGGAAGCAGUAAUCAUAAUAAUGCAAAGGUUAGCAGUGUCAGUGGUAGACACAGCAGUGCUCACGCAGAUUCCAGCGACAAAAGCAAUAGUUAUGUUACCAGCCAUUCAAAUUCUGCAAAAGGAAGCAGUGACAGUAAGAACACUGAUACCAGCAAAGCCAGCAACACCAGCAUUGUGCAGAGUGACAACAAAGUAACCACAGACAGCAAAAAGACCACAGACGGCAAACCGAACAGCAGCAGCAAAGCAGGCAGUGACGGACAGAAGAGCAAAGACACUAACGGUAGCAGCAACAAAAAUAACCCAACUAGCACAAGCACAGAUGAUGUCUACUCGGCCGCAAGUGACUCGCCAAACAUCAAAAUGGAGGACGCUUCCUCCCCCGCCUCCAAAUCUUCGUCUCCCUCUCCUGCUUCAAGCAGCACACCUGGCUCACGGACACCUGUUAACGCAUUCCUGGACCCCAGCUUUUACAAGGGGAAGAAGUCUCAGGAGCAGCUCAAUGCUCUGAAGGAUAGUUUUCAGGUCAGCCAGUUUCCCGACCAGGAGGAGGUGGACCGCCUCAUCGCUCUGACCGGGCUCACAGUACGAGAAGUCCGCAAGUGGUUCAGUGACAGGCGCUACCACUUUCGCAACCUGAAAGGUACGCGCUCCAGCACGGGUGGACAGAAUAAGACUGGAACAGGAGCAGGGAACAGUUCAGGUACGCCAGGGAGCGGUGCCGCCGGCCUAGCCAACCCUGUUGAUCUGUCUGAAAGUAGCAGCAACUCUGGUGCAAAAACACCCCAGCACAGCUCUGCACCUCUGAGCCCGACUGCAACACAGACUCCCACCUCACCCACCACACCUUCUCGCCGACUCCCCAGACCACCUUCUCCUGAUUUCACAGCUAUCCGCUACAAGGAGAGAGAACCCCACCAGGUAAAGGCGCUAGAGGCCAGCUUUGCCCGGAACUCUGACCCAUCAGGAGAGGAAGUGGACAGGCUGCGAUCUGAGACCAAGAUGACCAGAAGGGAGAUCCAUGGCUGGUUUGCCGAGAGGAGGAAGAGAGUGGCUGCUGAGAAAAAGAAAGAGGAGGCGAAGCGGGCAUUGAGGGAGGAGGAGGAGGAGGAGAUGGACGUUGAUGGAGAGGAGCGUCAGAAAGAGGACGGCUCAGGAGAGCUGAAAGUUAACCCCAUCAAAAUAAAUCUAAAGAUGCUGAAGGUGACGGAGGCCAAUGGCAAACCAGAGGGUGAAGGGUUAGAUAGUGCUUCUAUACCCCUUCAAUCCAGCAGGACACCAGCCUCCUCCCCAGGCCCCACCCUGUCCUCCACCCCCAAACCAUCCCAGUCCUCCGCCCCAGUGCCCAAACCAUCAAAUUCCCCCAAACCCACGUCUGUCCGAGGUAAGAAGACAGCAGAGCAGCUGCACCUGCUCAAACAAGUCUAUGCCCGGACCCAGUGGCCCAGCGCCUCUCAGUAUGAUGAACUGAUCUCAGGUUCCGGACUGCCCAGACCUGAAGUGGUGCGCUGGUUCGGGGACUGCCGUUAUGUACAGAAGAACGGACAGCUGAAGUGGCUGGAGUCCUACCAGAACAUGGCUCUGGAGGAAGACCUUCAGAAGGGAAACACACAGAUCCUCCAGACCCACCUCGAUGUUCGUGGCAGCCAGGAGGAUUCACAGCUACAGGAACUGGCUCAGGCUAGCGGUUUGACACCAGACUUGGUGCGACAUUGGUUCUCCACCAAGGCGUCUUUGCCUCAGAUGGAACAAACUGGUACCGCUCAUACGAAAGGACCAAGACCAGUCACACCGAGCUCACCGAACGAGCCACACACAACAGGAUCCUCCCCUUUGGAGCCACAGACAGAAGGGGGGAAGGAGGAGAAAAUGGAGGAGCCGGUGUUUGGUGUCACGGAGGAAGAAGAAGAGGAGGCCAACGCUGACAAGACUGUGAAUCCUACUAAAGGAACAGAUUGAAGAAGCCUUUUGUUUGAGGAUGGAGUUUACAACACAGGUGGUCUUUGUGCUGGGAGUCUGAGGAAAAGAAGGCAGAUGCGGUUGUAACAGGAUCACUGGAUGGAAAUGGGCCUUGAAACCAUCCCCACCCAUCCCUCUCUCUCCUUCUCGCCCACAUCCCUAGAGAUAGGCAUGACCUCCCCCGCUACGUGAGAUGGACGAUAAAGCCCCCCCCCCCAAAUCCAUCCAUCCAUCCAACCACCCACCCCCUACGUUCCUCCUCCCGUUUAGUCUACUUCUCCGCUACACACUCUUGCCCUCUCCCAAUAUCCUCCCGUCCACCAUUUUCCCUUUUUUUUAGAAGGAAGUUCCAGUAGAGACUUGUGUGCAGGAGCGGAGGUGGAGGGAGGAUUCUGCCUGCUGUGAUGGGAGAAAGGAAGAAAAAAAGAGGAGGAAGAAGAGGAGGGGGGAAAAAAGGAGAACACGGUUGAGAUUGAACACUCAGCAGAUGUUGAUCAGGGGUGGGGGUUGGGUUUGAACUCUUAUCGACCAAGCCAACCCCUCAGACGAGGAUCGGUGGAGUGUUGACAGACUUGUUUGUUUUUGGGGUAUGAAAUACUGCACAGCUCUUUGCUACAGGGUGUUUGCCAAGGCCUUAUAGUAAAAAAAAUAAUCCUUCUUUCUCAUUUGUGUCAUCUUCAUACUCCUUUUUCUACCAACAUGCACUCAUUCACUUUGAAUUCACGUUCGCAGCUUACCUUAAAAUGUGCUAGCUAGGCUGUUCAUAGCGUCUCAUGUGAACCGCAGCACUGAUGUUCAUUUGAUCCUGUCUUGAUAUUUUCUGGACAUCUCUUUGUACUUGCUUUCCAUUUUCUUAUCUGUACAUAACUUUUGGUCAAAAUAGGACAUGAACGCGACUGGUCAUCCAAAGAAGGCAAGCACCCUGUUGUGUCUGAACAGAAAAAAGUGACACAAUAUGUUAGACUAUGGAAUCUUGUGUUUGUUGUAGCAUCAAGUGCUUCUUUACGUCACCAACGUGUACGUACAUUUUGUUUUUAUGGAACUUUCUUAUGAAAUAAAUUUGACUGUAAAAGAACUGUGAACUUUUACCAGAGUUCCAUACUUAGGCUUGAUGUAUAAUUUUUACAGAUGGUAU